UGUGUCAUAUGAAGCGCUCAUACUAUACGAGUGUUUGUGCGGUUGGUGUUUCACACAAUUUAGGAGGCAUGCGUUUGUCUCUCUCACACACAGAUAGCGCGGUAGGUGAUUUCCCCUGAAAUUGCGUCAUAGUACCACCCGUCCAUAUGGUCUCUCUUUCUCUACACACUGGCAGUCCCAGUUACACACAUAGCCAUUUCCGUUUGGCUGCUUCCAAGCUGUCAUAUCUGCUGCUCCACUGACACUUCCCUUCCUCCGCGCUUUCUUUUCUCUCUGGUCUAGUAGUUCCAAGCAAACAAACUCGGCAACGCUCCCUCACACUCUUUCUCUCCCUCCGGAUUCCAAGCCACCUUCUCCUCCAAUUUUGAGAGCAGAACCGACAGACAAGAUUAUAUCUUCCGCGAGCCGCACUGGAAGCAGAGUCAUCGGUCAUCAGGUAAAACAAGUGAAGUCGUACUUCGUUGAUGAGGUUCUCGCCUGUCUCGCGGUUGAUCGAGCAUUCUGUCCAAUUCUUGGCACAAGAAUUCAGCAGUUACUGCCGUGUGUUGCGCCUAGCCAUUUGCUGCUGCUGUUGUUGUUGUUGCUGCUGCUGCUGCUGCUGUUGCUGCUCUUUUUGUUCUCCUGCUGAGCAGCUUGUACUUGUAAAUGAAAAUGACGCUCCUGCUUAGGUUGUUGCUUGUGCAAUCAAGCCUGCACUGAUUAUUCUUCAACAAUAUAGGCAAAUCCUUCACAAUCAAUCAAUGUGCAGUGGCGUCAGCCGUGUUCUCAAUGAGGACGAAGACUUCAUGGCGCAAAUGUGGAAACCAAUUAACAUCCAGUUGAUGCAGCAUAAAUUCUAUGGUGUUGCAAGCAAAAAUGAUCGUGUACUCAUCUAAAAGCUCAAAGGGAACGCUGUUUCCUGUACGAUCAAUGCUUGUCUUCUUCAUUGCACUAUUUGGUUUCUAUGUCUGCUACUUCUCCUUCACUCAAAUAACCUUAGAAAAUGAAGAAGAAGAAAUGAACGGAGCAGAAGAACGAACAAACGUUCUAUGCAAAAGACCUUCAGAAAUUCCAUAUGAGCAGAUGCAGUAUGUGCACUUUCCAAGACCUAUGAGUUACGACAGGGGAGAAUGUGAAUGUACCCCGGUCCGUUUCUUUGUCAUUGUAUCAAUGCAAAGAUCAGGCAGUGGGUGGUUUGAGACUCUGCUCAACAGCCACCCCAAUGUCAGCUCAAAUGGUGAAAUCUUCUCGGUGAGGGAGCGCAGAGAGGAUAUCGCGUCGAUCUUGUGGACUCUUGACAAGCUGUAUGAUUUGGAUUGGCACACCAGCGCAGCAAAAAAUGAAUGCACGGCUGCAUUUGGAUUGAAGUGGAUGCUAAAUCAGGGCCUUAUGGAUUAUCCAGAUGAGAUUGUGGAUUAUUUGAUAAAAAAGGGUGUGAUGGUGAUAUUUCUCUUCAGGAGGAAUACAUUAAGGAGGCUCGUCUCUGUGUUGGCCAAUGACCAUGACAAAAAAACGAAGCAGUUGAAUGGCACCCACAAAGCGCAUGUUCACUCACAAGAGGAGGCUGAGAUCCUAGCGAGGUUCAAACCGGAGGUGGACGUGUCAUCUCUGAUCCCAAGCAUGAGAAGCGCGGAGCAGUCCAUGGACGCCUGCCUGCGCCGCUUCCGCGCCACGCGCCGCAUGAUCCUCUACUACGAGGACGUAAUCCGCGACGACAAUGCGCUGUCUCGGGUGCAGGAGUUCCUGGGACUCCCGGUGAGGAGGCUGUCCAGCCGGCACGUCAAGAUCCACACCAGCCCACUCCCGGACCUGGUGGACAACUGGGAGGACGUGAGACGCACGCUCAAGCCCACGGAGUUUGCUCGUUUACUUGACGGCUGAAGACUAGACAUCUGUUUUUGUUCCGGCAGGGCCUUCCGUUUUCAUUUCUUUCUUGGGACUGCACAAUGGGAUUGGAAGUUGUUCAGCUGUUUUCUUCCUCGAAGGUAGGUGUAGCAUUCUUCUGCAGGGCAGGAAGCAAAUAUCAUGAGAUUGAAUAAGUUUGCUUUUCGGAUAACGGAGUAGUGCCCAGAUAAUAAAGUAUUCAAAAGUCUUUUUUUUUGCGGGGUAAAGUAUUCAAAAGUCAAAACUAUUGAUUGUUUCAGGAAUGAAUGAUACUAGCAAAAAACGACUUGUACA